CCGAGGCAACCCUAACCAGCACCACCAACACGACCAAGGACACCGGUGAUGUUCGGGCUUGGUAUCAGAAACAUACUUUACACCGCAUCUUGCAAGCGUAGACUUGCUCGAUUAAAGAGACAUGCUGAAGGCACGGCUACGCCCAGGCCUGGACGAUGAGAUUGGGCCCGGACAGGGCGGCUCCGUCUCAUGAUACUUUGUAUUUGUACGCUCCGCACUCAGGCGAGCCUCGAGACCGUCUCAGACCGCACAUGCAUCAUCAGCUCGGCGUCCGGCAUUGUCUACAUGAUCGUACACCCUCCUCGAUUACUCAUUCCGAAUGACGUUGGGGCCUCGAACUAAUUUCUUAUGUUGCUCAUCCUUACUCUUUAUACCAUGACAUGCAGCGAGCCAGUCUUCAGACUCACUACUGUGUUCUGAUUGCUCAUCAUCAUCGUCAUCAUCAUCAUCGUAUCCUAUCGCUCCCCUCUUCCAUUUGUUGUCGACACAUGGGCGCUCUGGCUUCGAGUCGCCCGAUCUCAUACAUCAAACCAUCAUCAUAUCAUCAUUGUCAUGAUCGCUACCAUCAUCAUCGCCAGUCUCUCGCAACAUUGGCGCGAGGUGUCUUUUUGGGGGGGUUUUGGCGCAAGGAGGGACGAAUGGAACCUGCAUGGUUUGCUUCUUUGUUUUGUCUGGUUCGACGCCACGUUUCUAUUCUAUUCGAUUCGAUUCUAUCACAUCUUUAUGGAUCUUUGCCAAUCCAUUUUCUUGUUUUUUUGUUAAGGUUAGGGAUAGGGAUAGGGAUAGGGUUGAGGAAUAUUCCGAUAAUGGGCCCUCAUACCAUGAUUUAUUGAUGGAUGGAUGGAUGGAUGGAUGGAUGGAUGGAU